CUUCACCGGCGCGGGGGGGACGGGCAGGGCGUGAGCCGCGGGGCCUCUCCGGGCUUUGAAUGUGGCCGGGUAGAAUUCACCGCCGGCGGGUCUUCCAACGCAGGGGCAACUAGCCAGUGAUCAAAAUAAAGAUUAUCAAUCUGUCAGUCGCCGUCGUCUGACCCUCAAGAGCCAUGGGGAACACCAGCAGCGAGCGUGCCGGAAUGGAGCGCCAGGGAGGCCAUAAGACACCUCGAAGGGACAGCCCUGGGGGAGCAAAGGAUGGAGACAGGCCCAAGAUUUUGAUGGACAGUCCGGAAGAUGCUGACUUGUUCAGUUCAGAAGAAAUAAAAGUGCCAAUGGAGAAAGAUGAAUUCCUGGCUUGGCAACACGAUCUGGAGGUGAACGACAAAGCUCCCGCUCAGGCCCAGCCAACCGUCUUCCGCUGGACCGGCGGAGGCAAAGAAGUUUAUUUAUCCGGCUCUUUUAACAACUGGACCAAACUGCCACUGACUCGGAGCCACAAUAAUUUUGUAGCAAUCCUCGAUCUCCCAGAAGGUGAACACCAGUACAAAUUCUACGUGGAUGGUCAGUGGACUCACGAUCCUUCAGAGCCUGUUGUAACCAGCCAGCUUGGGACUGUCAAUAAUGUUAUUCAAGUGAAGAAAACAGACUUUGAAGUCUUUGAUGCUUUAAUGGUGGAUUCCCAGAAGUGCUCCGAUGUGUCUGAAUUGUCAAGCUCACCACCUGGACCGUAUCACCAGGACCCCUACGUCGUUAAGCCAGAAGAGAGGUUCAAGUCUCCCCCUAUUCUUCCUCCCCACCUCUUGCAAGUCAUCCUGAACAAAGACACUGGAAUUUCUUGUGAUCCCGCCCUGCUUCCUGAACCAAACCACGUCAUGCUGAAUCACCUCUACGCGCUGUCCAUCAAGGACGGAGUGAUGGUGCUGAGUGCCACCCACCGUUACAAGAAGAAAUAUGUGACUACAUUGUUGUACAAGCCCAUAUGAAAGAUGGAGGGAAAGCGGACUGGUCAAAGAGCGGAGGAAUCGCAAUCAAGAUUAUCCCCCGAGGCGGCAGCACCACCCUUACUGUUAGAUUGUAAAAAGAAAAAGAAAAAAAAGGCCCAUGGUUGAACUGGCACCUUGCUCCCCAUCUCCUUUCUUCGGAUCAAGACAGACCGGCUCCAGUUUUGUCAGUGAAGCAUUAAGCUUCCUGUCAACUCCUAGCUGCCUGCAGGGAGAAAGCGAAGGGCAGCCAAAGUAUGCGGGACAAUUAGCCUGGAAAAUUAAAUCCUUCAACGCAUCCUACUCGGGAGCCAGAUGACAUCUGUGGGGUGGGGGUGGUGCUGCUACUUGAAUCCGUUGUUCUGAAAGUGGCUGACUUGGUGCAAUCCUAAGCCCGGGCAUCGCUUUCUGGCCAAACCUGUCCUGUCUGCCAUUUUAAUGUUUUGAGUUAAUGAUCACAGGAGCAAUAAGGACCAAAGGUGGGGAAAGUGCCCACCUCUUUCUCUCCAUUGGCAGGGAGUCAGCAGCCUUGGUGCUUUUAUCCGAGUAAACUUUGAUGGUUCUAUAACUGUCUGGGUCCUCAGCAGUCGUCAACCGCUCAAGCAGCUUUAUCCCUUGGAGCAGUGUCUCUCAACCGUGGCAACUUGAAGACGUGUGGACUUCAACUCCCAGAAUUCCCCA